UUUUGAGUGUUGUCUUGUUUGCAGGUCUCUCAGGAGUGCUUAAGUGCAGGUUGCUCUGAGCUGUGGGACUGUUCACUUCACUUGGGAGCUCUGUGCUGAGUACGACUGGACAUCUAUUUUAGACCGAGGAAUGCAUUUGUGACCAGCAAGGCAGAGUUGCUUGAAGAAUUAAAUGGGCUCCUCUCGGUCUUAAAACAGCUGGGACACACAGAGAGGAAGCAUCGCAGCCAUAAUUCUAUUGAAGCAAAAUAUGGAAUGGGUUUUAUUGAUGACAGAAACCAUCCAAAGAAGCAGUAUUGACAUUAAUCUGAAAAUCAGCAGUUAGCAGUUUCUGCAUGCUCCAACACCACACAGCACUUUCCAGAGACUACUCAUUGUUUACAAGGAAUCCGCUUUCCAAAGCUGUUUUUGUGCUCUACUGAUUUGUAUAGUUAAAUACUUACAAAGAAGAAACGCACCUGGAAAAAUGGCAUUGGAUGAAUACCUAUGGAUGGUCAUUGCGGGGUUUAUCAUUGCUUUUAUCUUGGCAUUCUCUGUUGGAGCAAACGAUGUUGCCAAUUCUUUUGGUACGGCUGUGGGUUCUGGGGUGGUUACUCUGCGCCAGGCCUGCAUUUUGGCUUCUGUUUUUGAAACUACUGGGUCAGUGUUGCUGGGAGCCAAAGUAGGAGAAACAAUUCGUAAAGGGAUCAUCGAUGUGAAUCUCUACAACAGCACGGUAGACUUAUUAAUGGCAGGAGAAGUCAGCGCAAUGGUUGGCUCUGCUGUUUGGCAGCUGAUUGCGUCUUUCUUGAAGCUUCCAAUAUCCGGAACCCAUUGCAUUGUGGGUGCUACCAUUGGAUUCUCACUAGUUGCAAUUGGCACCAAAGGAGUCCAGUGGAUACAGCUUAUCAAAAUUGUUGCUUCUUGGUUUAUCUCCCCCCUGUUAUCUGGUAUGAUGUCUGGUGUGCUGUUUUUGCUGAUUAGAUUUUUCAUCUUAAACAAGGAAGAUCCUGUGCCCAAUGGCCUUCGUGCCCUGCCGGUGUUUUAUGCGGCUACCAUCGGCAUCAACGUUUUCUCCAUCAUGUAUACUGGGGCGCCAGUCCUAGGAAUUGUUCUUCCUAUUUGGGCAAUAGCUCUAAUUUCCAUUGGCGUAUCAUUGGUCUUUGCUAUCUUAGUCUGGAUAGUGGUGUGUCCGUGGAUGAGAAGAAAAAUAGCAAGUCGGUUAAAGAAAGAAGGUGCCCUAUCAAGAAUAUCUGACGAAAGCCUUGACAAGAUCCCAGAGGAGGACGCAGCUGUCUUCAGAGAGCUUCCUGGUGCCAAGGCAGCGGAUGAAAGCACGAUCCCCCUCACUGGCUCUGGGACAGAAGAGGCGGGCGUAUCAGACAGUGUGGCUAAUGGGAGUCACCCACGUGUUCCAUAUGGGAGGGCAUUUUCAAUGACUCACAGUACGGUGAAAUCUCCGAUUUCCAACGGCACGUUUAAUUUUGAUGGACACAUGAAGAGUGAUGUUCAUGUGUAUCACACUGUACACAAAGACUCAGGGUUGUAUAAAGAUUUACUGCACAAAAUACACUUAGACAGGGGCAACAGUGACAGACCAGCCCAAGAAAAUAACUACAAGUUCCUGCGGCGCAACAACAGCUACACUUGUUAUACGGCCGCCAUAUGUGGGAUGCCAGUGCAUUCUUCCUUCAAGGCUACUGAUACAUCCACUCCAGAAGACAGUGAGAAACUUGUUGGGGACACAGUGUCGUAUUCCAAAAAACGGGUGCGCUAUGACAGCUACUCCAGCUAUUGCAAUGCCGUGGCGGAGGCAGAAAUCGAAGCAGAGGAGGGUGGCGUGGAGAUGAAGAUGGCGACAGAGUUGGUGGAUCCUAAUAAUCCCACAGAAGAUCCUGCGGAAGAGGAGAGAGAUGAGAAGGACACCUCAGAGGUCCACCUGCUUUUCCACUUUCUUCAGAUCCUUACAGCUUGCUUUGGAUCCUUUGCACACGGAGGCAAUGACGUUAGCAAUGCCAUUGGCCCUCUGGUUGCUCUCUGGCUCAUCUACGAGCAGGGCGGGGUCAUGCAAGAGGCACCUACUCCCGUCUGGCUGCUCCUGUACGGCGGCGUCGGCAUCUGCGUGGGCCUCUGGGUCUGGGGGCGAAGAGUGAUCCAGACCAUGGGGAAGGACCUCACUCCCAUCACCCCAUCAAGUGGAUUCACUAUUGAGUUGGCUUCGGCGUUCACAGUUGUGAUAGCUUCCAAUGUUGGACUUCCUGUCAGUACGACACACUGCAAGGUUGGUUCCGUGGUGUCCGUUGGUUGGAUACGAUCCAAGAAGGCAGUGGACUGGCAUCUCUUCCGCAAUAUCUUUUUAGCCUGGUUUGUGACUGUUCCUGUAGCUGGCUUAUUCAGCGCUGGCGUCAUGGCAAUCAUGAUGUAUGGCAUCUUGCCAUACGUCUGAUCUUUUGCUCCUGCCUGGAAAGAGGGGAGUUUCUCUGUCCAAGACCACACGCUGAAAGCGUAGAGCUCCCCAUUUAAAGCAUAUGAUUAAGAGCAAAACUAGUCAGCCAGGAUUAAUUCAUCCUCCAUAUCUAACUUAUCGACUGUACAGAACUUCAGUGUCAUAUUGGUGACAUCACACGUGG